GUUUGUUAAUAUUUCUCAUUUCUCCCUUUCAAACUCUGACUAUAUAUAUUCUAUCUCUCUCCCUCUAUCUCUGUUUAUGGUUUGAUUUUGAUUUUUGACGAGUAAAUGACAGCUCCAAACAUGGCAGCCAUCACUGAAUCCCUGGAGAGAUCGCUUCAGAACUGUUCAAUCAAUAAUACUCAUCGGAGCGGCGUCGUUAUAUCAGGGGGGGAGAGUGGCAGAUCCUCUUCUUCUUCUUCAUCUUCUUCAAACUCGCCUCCGUCUGGCGCACCAGAAAGUAAUCGCCCACAAAGCUCUGAAACCACAUUGGAGCUCAACUCCAACCUCUCUCUCCCUUACCAUUGGGAACAAUGCCUUGAUUUAAAGACAGGGGAUGUAUACUACGUAAACUGGAGAAAUGGAAUGAAAGCAAAAGAGGAUCCGAGAACAAACAAGAUUAUGACAGAAUACAACAAUGGAGAUUUUUACUCGGAGUAUGAAGAAGAAACUUCAUAUGACACUGAAGAAUCAUCAUCUGAAUCAUCUCCUUCUCCUUCAUCAUCAAGAUCAAGAUCAAGAGAAAAAUAUGGAGGUGAUCAUGUGCUUGUUGUGGCUGGUUGCAAGAGCUGUCUCAUGUAUUUCAUGGUUCCUAAACAGGUUGCAGAUUGCCCUAAAUGUAAUGGUCAACUACUCCACUUUGAUCGAUAAGAAACUAGCUCCCCGUGAACACAUCCCCAAGACUUUCUUCUUUUUUCUUUUUUCAUUUCCUCGGAAAAUUUGCUUUGUGCUUCUAAAAGAUUUUUCUACGUGUGCAACGUUGAAAAUGUGAGACAGAUUUUUAUAAGUGUGCGAUGAUUUGCUCCUCCUCA